AUGGAUACGGGGAAAAUAUUUUUGCCUCCCAACAUAGCUCUGCCGUGUAAGUUAAAAUGGGCUGUAGAUAACAACUCCAUAGUUAGCUCGAAUCAAAUAAUUGCAUUUGUCAUUGAGACGGGGCAGGACAUCAUUGAUGCGGAGCGAACCGGAGAAUCGCACACGAAUGGUCCCCUCAUAGGGCAGUGGCUCACAGAGGAAGGCUCUUCUUCCGAGCGGAGGAAUUUCCAUUUGGAAAACGGCGAAACGGAAGUUACACCUUAUGUAAAAUUAAAAAAUGGAGAAGACGGAGGGGCAACUCUCUUGGCCAGUCAAAAUGGUAACACCUGCGAAAAUACUCUCACAAAUGUGUGUGAAGAAAAAUGUAGCAGUUUAGGAGAUCAUUACAAAGAGAAUCUUCUAAGAAGAGACGCGACAGAUGGGGUAGACAAGGGUGUAAUGGAUGAUGUGGCUAACCAAGGUACAAUUUCAAAUAGGGACACAAAGACAGUCGUACGGUAUAACCUCGACUCAGGAAAUAAUUAUUCGGAAGACAAAAGAAACGAAUCAACAAAUGAAAAGAAUAACUUCAUUAAUUUAAUUCUAAACAAUAAAAAGAAUUGUGACAUAAAGAAAAACAGCUAUGUCACCUUACGAAGUAACAAUCAUGGCAGAAUCCGUAUAUUAAAACAGAACCCAAAUUUUGAAACAGACGAGUACAUCCACAUUAAUAGCCCCAAUGAAUUGUUAUGCGAAAUUAAUGAUGAAAGGUGCAAGCACGAAGUUAUUUUCUCGGGGCUAUGUACCAACUGCUUCUUAAGCCAAGAAGAGAUUAACAAAAAUAGAAAAGAGCAGAAUUUUUUUGUGUCUCCUGGGUUUUUAACCAAUGAAAAGGAGCUGUAUAUAAACACAGAUAAGGUGAUCGAUUUGGAGAAGGAACGAAUUAGCAAUAUCAUUAAGAAUAGAAAAUUGUGUCUCGUUCUCGACCUGGACAACACCUUACUGCAUGCGUCUUUUUUUGUUAUUUCCAUUAAUAUAAACAGCGAUGUGAUAAACAUAACCACGGACAUUGACGAGGAGUUGGAGGGUGAACUGGGGUGCGCGGAGGGUAGUAGGACGGGUGGUGGCGGUGUAGAGCAGCCCGGCGACCAUUAUAUUAGCGAAAAUGGCGACCCUCUAGGCACCGCCCCACGUGUAACCGAUUUUCCGUUUGAGGAAAACUGCGACUCGUUGGAGGGAGGCGCGACGAACAGCAAGAAGGAGGACAACGUGGAGGUGGAGGAUGACGCGGGCGGGCUCGGCGUCCAGGAGCUCGAUGCAGCUGGCGGUGUAGGUGGAGAGGGGCGACUCCCGGCCCAUGGUAAUAAUAAUGGCGAUAAUAAUGGCGAUAAUAAUGGCGAUGGUAAUGGCAACGAUAAUAGUGAUGACGGCGCGCUGUGCCCCGAAAUGAACCAAGAAGAAAUGUACUCCAUUUUCUGCCAAAAACAAAACAACGGAAUGGAUCACAUGAACAAAUAUCAGGACAUAAAAUCAAGUUAUGAAAGUUACUGCGAUUUUUUGGCCAAAAUGAAUACCAUAAAUUUGUUAAAACAUAAUGGAAAAUUUAUACAUUAUGAAAAUUUGAAGGACAAAAAUAUAAAAAAAAAAAUUCAUAAAUUGGAAAAUUCUGUCCUCAAAACAAAUGUGAAACAUCACAAAGGGUCAUAUACAAUUUAUUACAAAUUAAGACCUGGAGUUAUUCAAUUUUUACAAGACAUGAAUAGAAAAUAUGAAAUAUAUUUGUACACUAUGGGGACAUUGGAGCAUGCGAAAUCUUGCUUGUUAUUGUUGGAUCCUCUGAAGAAAUUUUUUGGUAAUAGAGUUUUCUCGAGGAAAGACAGUGUCAAUGGGUUGAAACACUUGAACCGCAUAUUACCCACAUAUCGCAGUGUCUCCCUCUGCAUUGAUGAUAGUGAUUACAUGUGGAAGGAAAGCAGCUCCUGCAUUAAAGUACAUGGGUACAACUACUUCCCUGAGAUUAACUUUUUGGAGGAUAUAAAAAGGAAGCCCUACUUUUUAACCAAGUUUUUUGCUAUGGCACAGUCAUACUUGAAUUUCUCUUCCAACCUCUACGGAUUUAUUAAUUUUAAAUGCAAUGAAUAUGAAAGGAUGAGAAUUCAUCGUUUUAAAAGCGUACUGUACAAUGAGUGCGCCAGUUGGGGCGUUCCUUGCAACGGCCCCGUACCACUGGAUGAUGCGUACUGCACUCUCGAUCAGGGUUGCGAAGGGGGUCCAUUGGGGGGAGCCCAUGGAGUCGCCCCUACAACAUCGCAUGGUGACACAUCUGAAGUCGGUGAAUACAAUUUCGAGGAGGACGGCACCUCAGUGAAGGAAGAUGGGAACGACAGGGAUGACGCGUCAGGUGUACGAAGCGGCAAUCCCCCUAGCGUAAACGGCGAAAAUGGCGCAAAUGGCGAAAAUGGCGAAAAUGGCGGAAACGGCGAAAGCAGCAAUGAUGAGCAAUUGGACGAGUCCUUCGAAGACAGCUUCAUCGAUUUAGACAAAGAGUUCGAAACGGACAGUGAAGAGGGUGAAGUCAGCAUGAUGGAUCCCAAGGUGGACAACAGCUCAUGUGAUUUAAAUGCACAAAACGGUUUGGAAUUUCUUGAGGACACACACGAUUAUCAUCCCAAGGGGAAAGAAGCAUCUCUGCAGCACUGUAGUGGAGAGCACCUCGAAAGUACUUUCAACAUAGGAAAGCAAAAUGGACUUGUUAAAAGUGACCAUGUUUCGAAUUUUUAUCCAAAUGAUGGUACGCAUGACCGUAUGAACAACCCCAAUUUGUUCUACAUGGAAAACCCGACUGAGUCAAAUGUAAAUAAAAACUUCUGUCCACAGAGUGAUAAUAAUUUUUUUGUGAAUGCAGAAGGUUUUAAAGGAACACUUCCCACCAGCAGUGCCCCCCUGAAUGAUACAAGUUGUACGCCUCAUUUGUACCAAUCGGGAGUUGAGCAGUUUGCUGAAGAGGAGGAUAACGAGAUGGAUGCGCAGUUUCAACACCCCAACGAGUGUGAAGAUAAAAUGAAUAGAACAAAUAACCACAUCAACAGCUAUAUCAAUAUGAGCAUAAGGACAUCCCAACGGUUCAUUCCGUUUGAGGACGAAAUUAUUUACAAGUUCAUUUCAGAGAAGAACUUUAGAAAGUACGAUAACUAUGUGGUGGCGUUCCUGCGCAGUUAUUUCCAAAGGGGGAGGCUGCCCCGGGGGGGUGAAGCGGAAGAGGAGGGGUUCUCCGAUGGGGAUGUCAAUGAGGAUCCUAACGUUGGUGCUGAGGUAGAUGGUGAGGUGGAUGAGGAGGUAGAUGCUGACGUGGGUGAAGAUGAGGACGGCCCCGUGGAAAUUAAAAUGGAAAGGGACGGUCAACUCAGCGGGGAGUCCUCCACACAAGACAACGUAAAGAGGGUAGAAAAAAGAAUAAAAAAAACCAAAGUAAAAAAGCUAAUUAAUUUUGGUAAUUUAAGGAAAAGGAAAAACAGCAACCUUAGAACACUCAACAACAGUGAUAACCCAGGUCAUCCUCCUGCACCGACUCGAAGGGAGAACGAUCAAAGCAGUGGCAAGAACGGAGCAUCAAAUCAAAAUGAAUACUACGAAAGCUUUUGUAUACCUAAAAAUUUCAACGAAGGAAAUUUUAAAGACAAUGAUAAACAGCUAUAUUAUUUAACAGCCAUAUUGGACGAAAUACAUUACAUUUUUUACGAACUUUUUGAGCAUUUUAAAAUACAUAAAACGAAUGAAACGAAUCAAGAGGAUCAAAUAUACAAUUACUUUUUGCGUUAUCCGAUAGUUAGGACCAUUUUGAUUGAAUUCCGAAGGCAUGUUUUGAAGGACUGCACCUUCAACGUUUCGCAACUGUCCGAUGAAGUACGCAGGAGCGAUUUUAUGGAUCACAUUUUGAAGUUAGGCGGAAGCAUAAACAAUGAAAACUACACGCACAUUUUAACAGUAAACAAUUUCAUAAAAAAUGAGAAUUGGGAAGACGCCAAGGUUACAAAUCUGAUGUGGAUUGAACGAGCCUUGUACACAUGGACGAAAGUCGACACGAAGCAUUACGACAUGAGCUCGUGGGAAAAAACGCACAGGAACUUCUGGGACGUUAUUGAAUAUGAAGAAAAAAGAGAAAUGAAGUGUGUCGAUGUGAGUUCAUGCAAUUUUCUCCUUAAGGGACAACGAGGCACAAGUAUGAAAUUUAGCCCCAUAAGGAAAAAGGUGAACUCCUCACUGAUCGUGAGCAAAAGAAUCCCUUCGUAUUUAAAAAAGGAAAAAAUUAAUUUAAGCAAAAAUAAUGGCAAUUUUGACAAAAAAAAUGUCAAAUAUAAUCAAGUACCACAAUUUGUUCAGGCAAUAAUAAAAUUUACAAAAAAAAAUAAACUCCUACAAGAGGAAGAUAACAGUGUAAUAAGUAAAAACAAACUCAUUUUUUUAAAUAAUUUGUUGAGUGAAAUUCAAAAAAAUAAAACAAUUUUAACAGCAUCUUCCAUACAUGACAUAUAUCGUUGUCUGUACAAACUCAAUUAUUUAAAAAUAGACGUCAUAUGUACAUUGUUUAGUAUACUCAUAAAUAACACAAUAAAUUUUUCCAAAAUAAGUGGCUAUGUUAAUUGCGAUUUUAAGGAACUGAUAAACAUUACAAAAUUUUUACACCACUUUCAGAAAUUAUGUAAUUCAAAUAUUCAGGCUAUUAUACAAGACAGCCAUGACAGUGUUGGUAACCUGCGAAUUGUGCACAGGUACUUGAGGGAUCAUGGGAACAAAACUGGCCCCUCCCUUGGCGGUUCAUAUAAUGGUGCACAAAUAUACACACACGUAUAUAACUACAUUGCAAAAUAUGAUAGGGUUGAUAAUGUAGAUAUUCUUUUAUAUUCCCUCAUAAAGGGGAAACGAAAUAAUGUUGUUACAGGGGGGGAAGUGACGACUGGUGGGUGCACUCGUCUUGGGGAGGGACCUUUCUUAAAUAACCCCAGCGGGGCUUCCCAUAAAGAAUGCUCCCUGAGGGGCUGCACAAAUGAUGAAGUUGGAUAUUUGUCCUCGAAUGGGGCGAACCCAAAUGAGGGCAGCAGCAUAACGGACGAGGCGGCGCAGCAGGAAAAUCACCACAGCUUGACCAACACGGAAGAGGCGAAGAAGACGCUGCUAGUGGACUACAUAAACUCGUUUUACAAACUAAACGAUAUGUUCACCUUCCUUCUAAAUAAAGUGUUAACAUAUUUCAACGAACACGCACAGAGCUUUAAUUUGUACCAUUUAAAGCUGCUGUUUUUCUUUUUGGGGAAGUUUCAAAUGUUUGACGCACACUUGAUGGAAAAAAUCACCAACAGGAUUAUAGAAGAAAUUGAAACGAUAAAAACAAAUCCGAAGCUUCUACACGACGAUACCUCCAUAGAGGAAAGGAAAAUGCAUAACUAUGCAAAAAACAGAAUUAAAAAACUCAGAAAAAAAUAUGUCAACACAUUUAUUAAAAUAGACUCGAAGGAAUUCCUAACCCUUCCAUACACAAUCGGUCUGUCCAUGAAUACAUACUUUAAUAACUACCUAAUUGAAUAUGUAAAUAUUUAUAUACUUAGUUUAAUUAACUCCAGAGUGAACUGCGACAUGGUAAGUUUUACCUACUGCCUCGUAGGGUAUAAGUACAUUAUGGUGCACUUUUUUAUUUUGUACAAUAUAUAUCUGUUUAAAGAAAAAUGUAUGAAGAAUUCAAAACUGUUGGAGAAAUAUAGCGUCUUUUUGCGACGACUGGGUAAGGAUGUCGCUCUUUCUGGAACUGGCCACUUCGGGCGCACGCACGCUGCAGGGCAAAGUGAAGAAGAAAAGAACGAUUUCCUCCUUCGCAACAGUAAUAUGAACCAGGAUGAACCUACAGAAAAUAUGUUCAGCAGGGAAGGAGAAUUGACCAAUCAUGGUGCCGACCUUAAAAUGUGUAAAGGUUCAAACGAAGAAAAAAACUGCAUAGAAACUUUUUCCUGUACCCAACCAGACCACAUUGGUGAGAGAGACAAAAUACAGUGGCACACAAACCCCGAGCAAACUUUCAACAUGCUCCUAGGCGAGUUCCAAAUGAAAGUAGAAAAUAUCUUCCUAAUAAACUUGGACAAACAUUCCAUGCAACAAUCUUAUAAUAGCGCACAGCUGCGGAAAUUUUAUUUACACUACAAAAAAUUAUUCGAAAAGGUAUUCAAUUAUGCCAUUUUUCUACUAAGCAAAUAUGAACCUGAGGAAAUGUUGCGCAUUUACAAAAAUUUGAAAGCCCAGGCGCUGAACGACCAGGUCGUGAACCAGCUGUACGUGGAAGUACUCUAUGAGAAAGUUAUUUUUAAUUCGGGAAAUGAAAAAAAAGUUUCAAGUUUGUUACGGUGCGUUUGCGGUGAAUAA